ACUAAGAAGAUAAGACCAAACCUGUGAAGAAGAUACUUUUCUGGUCAGGGUUUUUGGGUAUAUUCUUUCUCUCUCUAAAAAUGGCAGUUUUGUUCUCUCUCUACCCUCUCAAUAGGAUCCCUCACUCUUCUUCUUCUUCUUCUUUGGGUGUCUAUGGGUCGCACUUGACCGUACAACCUCUAUCAAAUUUGGCCUCACAUUCCCACUCUCAGAGGUUCGUGGUGCUAUCGACGCACUCCAACCAUAAGAUUCUCAAGCCCAACCGGAGGUCGCGGUACGGCCAGGCGCUCUCGCCCUUUGAUAGCGAUGACGAGGAAGCUGAUGAAGAGGACGAAGAGGAUGAUGAUGACGAGGUGGAGGAUGAUGGGUCUUCGCCCAAUGAUGACUUUGCAGAAACUUCUGAGUUUGAUGUUAAUGGAAAGAGAUUUAAGUCCCAGAACAGACAUAAAACAAGAAAAGGUGAGCAGAGACAACCAGAAAAAGGCUGGGGCAUCAGAUCAUCCAAGUUUGGAGAAAGCCUCAAAGUUGACGAAGACCAAGUGGAUGUGAAAAAUGGCAAGAACAUUCUAGGGACGAGUAAAAUGGAGAAAGUCAGAUCCUUAGAUAUGAAUGGCAGAGGAAAGCUGGUGACAAGGAAAGCCAUGGAGAAAAAAUAUCCUCGGCUAUUUGAAGAAAUAGAUUUGGAUCUAAAGUGGCUCCCCCUUCUUGAUUACUUGAGCACGUUUGGCCUUAAGGAAUCACAUUUUAUUCAAAUGUAUGAGAGGCACAUGCCUUCCCUUCAAAUCAAUGUAUGUUCUGCACAAGAAAGGUUGGAAUACUUGCUGAGUGUUGGGGUCAAAGAAACAGACGUGAGAAGAAUACUUUUGAGGCAGCCACAGAUUUUAGAGUAUACGGUGGAGAACAACUUGAAAUCCCAUGUUGCUUUCUUGAUGGGUUUGGGUAUUCCAAGUUCCAGAGUGGGGCAGAUAAUUUCAGCUGCUCCUUCCCUGUUUUCUUAUAGCGUUGAGAAUUCAUUGAAACCUACAGUUAGAUACUUGGUUGAGGAGGUCGGCAUUAAGGAAAAAGAUUUAGGUAAAGUCAUACAGCUUAGCCCCCAAAUACUGGUUCAGCGCAUCGACAUAUCAUGGAAUACUCGUUAUAUUUUUCUGUCAAAGGAAUUGGGAGCACCAAGAGAUAGUGUAGUUAAGAUGGUGAGAAAACAUCCUCAGCUCCUACAUUACAGUAUCGAUGAUGGAUUACUGCCUAGGAUCAAUUUCCUGAGGGGUAUUGGGAUGCAUAAUUCUGACAUCUUGAAAGUUUUAACCAGCCUUACACAGGUUUUAUCUUUGUCAUUGGAGGAGAAUCUAAAGCCUAAGUACACGUACUUGAUCAAUGAACUUAAUAAUGAGGUUCAUUCCUUGACAAAAUAUCCUAUGUACUUAAGUUUAUCUUUGGAUCAGAGAAUUCGUCCUCGCCAUAGGUUCUUGGUUUCCCUAAAAAAAGCUCCAAAGGGGCCGUUUCCUCUUAGUUCACUGGUUCCGACCGACGAGUGCUUUUGUCAGCAGUGGGCUGGAACCAGUUUAGAUAAAUAUUUGGCGUUUCGGCAGACACUACUACUCAAGGAGUUUGCAAAGAAAUAUGGAAAGAAAGGAUAACACGCUGCCCUCAAGCGUGUCUUAGGCUUAUGAUACAAGUAAUUGAGGAGCUGUCUCUUAAUUAAAUGUUACUGAGUUUUUUGGUUGAUGCUCUGCACAUUUGAUCUUUAUAAGCCUCUAGUAAGCAAAUGCUAUACUGUUGGUUUCAUGACAUGGUAUAAGUGCUGUAAUCUGUGCGAAUCUGGUCUAGUUGCGUACAAAGUCGACGCAACACUUUUCAGCUGAUGAGGGUUAUUCGCAAAGUUCUGGUAAAGUCUACCUUAAGGUAAGUUGUUAAUCCUUGAACACUAAAGUAAAUGGAAAGAGAAUUUGCUUAUAGGAGAAUGCAGUUUACAAGGGACAGAGUGGAUAUAUGCUGGAGUUUGGAUCUGCCAUGGAUAGUUCCCAUGUAUGAAGUUUCUCACUGUAAAAGGUUUAUAUUAAUAGAUUGCAACAUUUUGCGUUUAUGCCUUUUUGCCAUUAAACGCUCUUCAAUUUUGGAGUGGGAUAAUACUUUUCUUUUUCCAUUAGCUGGUACACCUUUUUUCUUUCUUUCUUUUUUUCAUUGAAGCAGUAAUUUAAUAUGUUAUUCUAUGAUGCCGAACAAGAUGUGCUUUUGUUACCUGCACGGACCUCGAUAUGGGAGUGAUUAUUUCACGAGAUAUGCAAAAUAGAAAUUUAUUUCA